UAUAUAGAUAUACCUGUCCGCAAUUAUAUGCAUAUGCAGAAGUAGAUGCGCACGUGCGCUCACGUAUGUAUAUAGAUGUGCAGCUAAGGCGGGCGUUGGGCCCAGUGGUGUGCGCGCGUGUGUGAGAAAGAGGGACCGAUGACUUUUACGGUCUUCUGAGCGCUUUCAUGCCCAAGUGCAAUCAGGGAGGAACAUCGCCCACAGUGAGGACCGAGAUUCGAGUAUCGCGCGCUUCCCGCCGUAGGGACGAGCGCCGGUGAGAGUCCUCGUGGACGAGCAGAGCCAUUCGUGCAAACCGAGGCCGCUCAGCCCCGUCCCGUACCGUCCAGCCCACUUAAAGCCGAGUCAUCAUGAACUCGUACUUCGAGCAGAGCGCGGGCGGCUUCUACGGGAGCCACCAUCAUCAGACGAGCGCCGCGGCUCAGCAUCAUGACCCGGCUACAGCAGCAGCCUAUCGCAGUUUUCCCCUCGGCCUCGGCAUGUCGCCGUACGCCUCCUCCCAGCAUCAUCAUCAUGGCUCCUCGAGUCUCGGCAUCCAUCCGGGCGGCGGGACGAAUACGCGGCCGCCCCAGGACUCGCCGUACGAUGCGAGCGUCGCCACCGCCUGCAAGCUCUACUCCUCGACGCCCGAGGCAACUGGUCACACGACCUCCUCGUACACGGCCGCCGCCGUCGCCGGCAAGGACUGCAAGCAGCAAGAGCAGGCCGCGGCCGCGGCCGCCCACCAAAACGGAUACGCGGCCGUAAUGGCCGCGGCAGCAGUCAAGGACGUCUGGCAGUCGGCCUCCGCGGUAGCCAGCGGACAGAGUGCCGCCGGUUCCGCGGUAGUGCGCCCCUCAGCCUGCACCCCGGAGGGCUCACGAGUCGGCAGCUACUCGGGGAUGGUGAGCGGGGGCGAGGCGGCCUCGAGCCCCGGCAACAACGGCUCCAGCCGCUCGCUCACCUCCUCCUGGAACACCUGCAGCCUCAAUACGUCGGCGGCGAGCCAGCCGGUGGCGACCCAAUUGCACCAGCAGCCCACCAACCAUACGUUCUACCCCUGGAUGGCCAUAGCAGGUAAGGACGAUAUGGCUAAACCGCAUUGGACCUGGUUGCAAGUGUUGCAAGCUUACGUGAGCGUUAAGGUGCGCACGUGCGCAGCAAUCGUCAUGUUGCCGAUUUUAAAACUCCUUGAGGCGCAAUUGGAAAACUCGGAAAAAUCAUCAGAGCGACUCGGAAAGUUUGAGAUAGAAGAUAGAUAG